GGAUUGGUACAAGGAUUUGAUCAAGAAACUGCAGCUGUAGUAAUGGCAAGGUUGACUUCUUAUAAAAUGGAGAUUGAGGAAGGAUUUGAUGCCACACGGUGGUUGGAUCUGAACCUUAUUUGUUUCUGUUCCAAAUUCGGCGACUACCAGAAGGAUGACCUGGCCUCAUUUACAUUAGAUCCUAGUUUUUUGUUAUUUCCUUGGUUUAUGUUUAACCUGCGGCGAUCACAGUUUGUGCAGAGGUGUUUGACAAUACACAAUAAUCCAGAUGAGACUGCCUAUUACCGCAUUUUGACCCGUGAGAGUACAAUUAACGCAGCUGUCAUGGUUCAACCAUCACUAAUGUCAUAUUCGUUCUAUUCACUGCCUGCACCAGCUUUGCUGGAUAUGGCAUCAAUUGCCACUGAUCGUAUCCUAGUGUUGGAUUCAUACUUCAGUGUAGUUAUUUUCAUGGAAUGA